GCUGCACUGUGAAAGACGGCAAGAUGGCGGACCUAGAGGCGGUUCUGGCGGACGUGAGCUAUCUCAUGGCCAUGGAGAAGAGUAAAUCUACUCCAGCGGCCAGAGCUAGCAAAAAAAUCAUUCUACCAGACCCAAGUGUGCGAUCGGUGAUGCACAAAUACCUGGAAGAGAGGGGGGAGGUCACCUUUGAUAAGAUCUUCAACCAGAAAAUAGGGUUCUUGCUGUUCAAAGAUUACUGUGAGAACGUGAUUGAGGAGCCAGUGCCACAGCUACAGUUUUAUGAAGAGACGAAGGCAUAUGAACACAUGGAUGAGGAGGAUGAGCGGUUGAAGGCUGCCCGACACAUCUACGACACCUACAUCAUGAAGGAGCUGCUGUCUUGUUCCCAUAAAUUCUCGGAAAGUGCUGUUGAAUACGUGCAAACUCGGCUGCUCAAGCAAGAGGUGCCAGUCGACCUGUUCGAGCCCUACAUUGAAGAGAUAUGCAACAGUUUACGAGGAGAAAUAUUUCAGAAAUUUCUAGAAAGUGAAAAGUACACACGAUUUUGCCAGUGGAAAAAUUUAGAGCUGAACAUCCAGUUAACAAUGAACGACUUCAGCGUUCACAGAAUUAUCGGCAGAGGCGGCUUCGGAGAAGUGUACGGAUGCCGAAAAGCGGACACAGGCAAAAUGUAUGCAAUGAAAUGCCUGGAUAAAAAGAGAAUCAAAAUGAAGCAGGGGGAGACACUGGCUUUGAACGAGCGUAUCAUGUUAUCCUUAGUUAGCACGGGGAUGGUAGGGCAGGCUGACUCUCCCUUCAUAGUGUGCAUGACAUACGCAUUCCAGACUCCCGACAAGCUGUGCUUCAUUCUGGAUCUUAUGAACGGUGGUGACCUACACUACCACCUGUCCCAGCACGGAGUGUUCACAGAGUCAGAGAUGAAGUUCUACGCAGCAGAGAUUAUCCUGGGCUUGGAGCACAUGCACAGCAGGAGCAUCGUCUACAGGGAUCUCAAGCCUGCCAACAUUCUACUGGAUGAACACGGACAUGUCAGAAUAUCAGACCUGGGUCUGGCUUGUGACUUUUCCAAGAAGAAGCCCCAUGCUAGCGUGGGCACACAUGGGUACAUGGCUCCUGAAGUCCUGGCUAAGGGCCAGGCUUACGACUCGAGUGCAGACUGGUUCUCCCUGGGCUGUAUGCUCUUUAAACUACUAAAAGGACACAGCCCAUUCCGACAGCACAAGACAAAAGACAAACACGAGAUUGACAGGAUGACCAUGACCAUGGUAAGGGAUGUGGACCUGCCCGACUCCUUAUCCUCAGAGUGCAAGGAACUGCUGGGGGGUUUACUCAAGAGAGAUGUCAACGAUAGGCUGGGCUGCCAAGGGAGAGGAGCUGAGGAGGUAAAGACUCUGAGAUUUUUCAAGGACAUCGACUGGGCCAAAGUGUACCAACUCAAGUACCCCCCACCUCUGGUGCCCCCACGAGGGGAGGUCAACGCUGCAGAUGCCUUUGACAUUGGAUCGUUUGACGAGGAGGACACCAAAGGCAUCAAACUGACCGAGGCUGACCAGGAGCUGUACAAGAACUUCCCCCUGGUGGUGUCCGAGAGGUGGCAGCAAGAGAUCGCUGAAACUGUGUACGAUGCAGUCAACACUGACGCUGACAAGAACGAGGCGAAGAAACGAGCCAAGAAAAUGAUGGAUGAAAAAGAAUAUGCUGAGGGGAAGGACUGCAUCAUCCAUGGCCACCUGCUGAAGCUGGGCGGCCCGUUCCUGACGGCCUGGCAGAAGAGGUACUUCUGGCUCUUCCCCAACCGUCUGGAGUGGCAGGGUGAAGCCGAGAAAGGGUCGUUCGCUUUGUUGCUACCCAUGGAGGAGACAGGCAGACGACAUACUUGUAGGAAGCUGCUCACAUCCCUUAGUAGGAAGCUGAGUCGGAGGUUGACUCAGUGUAGACAUAGGAGACCUGUAGGACAUGAUGUGGUUUUAUUUCAUUUUCAGGACGUCGUCCAACAGAAUAAUGUUUUAGUUCUUGAGUCUGUUUUGGCGGUGGAGGAGACGACAGUCAAGGGCAACAAGUGUAUCCAGCUGAAGGUCAAGGGCGGGAAACAGUUCCUCCUGCGUCCAGAGAGUGACCCAGAGUUUGUUCAGUGGAUGAAGGAGAUAAAGGACGCCCUGAUGGAGGCACAGCGGGUCAUGAGCAUGGCGCCAAAACAGUUCGCCAAGUCCAGCUCGGCCUCUGACCUCGGGAAGGUCCCGCUGGCACAGAGAAACAGCAACGGGAACUGACGUACAACCAAGGAAUUCUUCAACCCGUGAAUGUAGCAUAUACAAAUGUGUACGUAUUCACACAACAUGUACUACAUUAUACAUGUGACCAGUCGAGCCGGCUGCCCUCCCUACCCUGUACACCCCCCAUGAAGCAAUGGUGCAGUCCACAGCCACUAUACUACGUUUUCAGUGGUGGUUUCUGCUUUGGAG